AUGGAGAACAAGAAGGGUGUAGCAUUAUGUCUUCUUGGUUUAACUUUCAUGUUUUAUUUUUCACUAGCAGUUGCACAAGAGGAGCAGAAUAGCCUGCAAACAUAUAUUGUUUGGGUUGAAAAGCCAGUCUCUCGGAAUAUCUUUUCACAAUCUCAAGAAGAUUUAGAGAGCUGGUAUCAGUCAUUUUUGCCUGAAACGACUGUAAACUCAAAUGAGCUGAAGAGUUCACGAAUUGUUCAUGCAUACCGCAAUGUGGGCACCGGUUUUGCAGCGAAACUGACACCUGAGGAAGUAAAAGCAAUGGAAAAGAAACAAGGGUUUGUCUCAGCUCGUCCAGAGAGAAUUCUGCCUCUGCAAACUACUCACACUCCUGACUUCUUGGGGUUGCAUCAAGGAUACGGACUUUGGAAACAAACAAACUAUGGUGAAGGUGUGAUCAUUGGAGUUUUGGAUACCGGGAUUGCAGCGGGACAUCCUUCCUUUAGUGAUGAAGGAGUACCACCUCCUCCGGCUAGAUGGAAAGGAAAAUGCGAGUUCAAUGCUACAUUGUGCAAUAACAAGCUUAUUGGUGCAAAAAAUUUUGUAGGCUCAGGCAAAGGUAAUACCACAGACAGCCCUCCAGUUGAUAACCAUGGCCAUGGCACACACACGUCUAGUACCGCUGCAGGAAAUUUUGUGGCAGGUGCCAGCGUUUUUGGAGAGGCCAAUGGCACAGCAGUUGGCAUGGCACCUUAUGCUCACUUGGCAAUGUACAAAGUUUGUGCUGGGGCUGGUUGUGCUGACGGUGAUAUUUUAGCUGCUCUUGAUGCCGCUGUUGAAGAUGGCGUGGACGUGCUCUCCCUCUCCCUUGGUGGCGAAUCACUUCCUUUCUAUGAUGAUGUUAUUGCAAUUGGUGCAUUUGCAGCAAUUCAAAAGGGAAUAUUUUUCAGCUGUGCAGCUGGAAAUUCUGGUCCUUCCUAUAACUCUCUAUCAAAUGAGGCCCCAUGGAUUCUGACGGUUGGAGCAAGCACCACUGACAGAAUAUUAAAAUCAGAAGCGCAGAUUGGAGAUGAUAAAAACAACCAUUUUGAUGGAAAAUCUUUGUCCCAGCCUGAAGAUUUCGAUUCAACAGUUUCGCUACCUCUUGCUUAUGCAGGCUCAGUUGGCAAACAGCCAUCAGCUUCCUGCAAGGCAGGGUCUCUUGAAAACGUUGAAGGGAAAGUAGUGUUGUGUGAGACAGGUGGAGGAGUAACAAAUAUUGCCAAAGGGGAAGAAGUGAAAAGAGCUGGUGGUGCUGCCAUGAUUCUCAUGAACCAAGAGACUGAUGGCUUUAGCACCUUAGCUGAAUCUCAUGUACUCCCCUCGACGCAUGUGAGUUAUGCUGCAGGGUUGCAAAUUAAGUCAUAUAUAAGGUCAACCUCAAGUCCUACAGCCAAAAUCUUGUUCAACGGCACUGUCAUCGGAGAUGCACUUGCUCCCAAAGUCGCUUCCUUUUCGUCUAGAGGACCAAGCUCUGCAAGCCCUGGAAUUCUGAAACCUGACAUCAUUGGACCCGGCGUUAGCAUCCUAGCAGCCUGGCCUGUUGCCGUGGACCAGACACAAUCUAAGGCAACGUUUAACAUAAUUUCAGGUACCUCAAUGUCAACUCCUCACCUGAGUGGCAUUGCAGCCUUGCUCAAGAGCUCACACCCCGACUGGUCUCCAGCUGCUAUUAAGUCUGCCAUCAUGACAACCGCCAACGUCCUAAACCUUGCGGGCAAGCCCAUUGUUGAUCAAAGGCUUGAGCCCGCGGACAUCUUUGCAACUGGUGCAGGCCAUGUUAACCCUUCAAAAGCUAAUGACCCGGGGCUCGUCUAUGACACACAACCAAAGGAUUACAUUCCCUACUUGUGUGGUUUGAAUUACACAGACCAACAGAUACAGCUCAUCACCAAACAAGCAGUGAUCUGCUCUCAAGUAGAAGCCAUACCAGAAGCACAGCUAAACUACCCUUCAUUUUCCAUUAAAAUAAGGUCCAAUGAGACUCAGUCUCAGUAUUAUACAAGGACAGUGAGGAACGUUGGACCGGCUAGUUCAACUUACAACUUGGAUCUUCUUGUACCACAUAAAAUGGGGAUGAGUGUGAACCCUCAGGUGCUCACAUUCACAGAGGUAAACCAGGAGCUUACGUUCCAUGUGGAGUUCAGCGCAGAAGAUGGCGCUGGCAAGGAUGGCGUACCAAUUUCUCAGGGAUAUUUGAGAUGGUUUUCUGAUAAGUAUAAUGUUACUAGUCCAAUAGCUGUGGUCUUUGAAUCUACCUAG